AUGUCUUCCAGCCUGAGCAAAUGGCUUCUCACCUCGCCACCGAUAGAAUGGGCGUUAAAGAACGCGAGAGAGCUACUCAUUGGGACUUUGCGCCAGGGUCCUAUUCCGCAACACGUCGCCUUUGAGAUGGACGGCAACAGACGAUUCGCCAAGAACCAUCACAUCGAAGCGAUAGAAGGUCACAAUCUGGGAUUCGAGGCGCUGGCGAGGGUCUUGGAGAUAUGCUACAAGUGUGGUGUCAAGGUCGUCACUGUGUACGCCUUCAGCAUCGAGAACUUCAAUCGGCCCAAGUCAGAGGUCGGAGGACUGAUGAAGAUGGCCAAGAUCAAGCUGGAGCAACUGUGUCAACAUGGGGAGCUUCUGGACCGUUACGGAGCAAGUAUACGCGUCCUUGGGGAGCGAGACUUGAUCCCUGCGGAUGUCUUACCGUUUGUCGACAAGGCUGUUGAGAUGACAAAACAUAACAAGAACGCUGUUCUGAACAUCUGCUUUCCAUAUACAUCAAGAGCCGAGAUGACACAUGCUAUAAAAGCAACAGCAGAAAAGCCGAGAUCCAUCGAGUUCAAAGACAAAGAGACUAUCACGGCCGAGACCUUGGACAGCCAUAUGUAUACGGGUGACAGCCCGCCACUCGAUAUAUUUGUUCGGACUAGUGGAGUGAUGCGGUUGAGCGACUUCAUGCUGUGGCAAUGUCACGAAAACACGCAUAUCUUCUUCUUGAGGUGCUUCUGGCCCGAGUUCGAUUUGUGGCACUUUGUCCCUGUCCUUGUGGAAUGGCAAUGGCGACAGAAGCAGCUGGGUAGAGAAGGCCAGGCGGGACGACGAAUCAAGACCGAAUAA